AUGAUGGAUAUGAAUCUGACAAAAAUGUCAAUUCAUAGAUUGACAUUUCUACAAUUUCAAAAAAAUCAACAAUUAAAAACUUCUGAUGUCGUUAAAAUUGUUGAUAAAGUUGAUUAUUGCAAUAAAUCUAAUAAUAACGACUCUAUUCCACUUCUAGUUGAAGAUGAUGCUAAACGUAAAUACAUUAAAAAUCGUAAGCAAAUUCUAUCUUUUGAUGACUUUUAUGAAUUUCUUUUGUUACAAUUUGAUAUAAUUGAUACGUCUAUAUCUUCACCAAAUCCACCUCAAGUAGUCAAUAAUGAUUUUUCUAAACCAUAUUCAUCAAUUUCAAAUAAAACUAUUGAUAAUCAAACUGAAAAUACAACAUAUUUUUCCGAUACUAUUAAUAUUUCACGUCAAACACCUACAUUUAAUUCAACUGCUAAGGUUGAUUUUGGUGUCAUCAAUAUCAUUGGUGAGACAUCAGACAUAAAAUCAACAAUGAAUAAUUCUAGUUCUUCGACAAUUUUGCUUGAUGAAACAAUUAGUGAUCUUCGUAGAACUAUUGUAGGAGAUUUAAUAAAAAAUCAGAAAGUACUUAAAAGUGGCAAAGAUGAUUACAAAGCAUCACCUAAUACUACUGAUAAUUAUAAUCAAAAUCAUAUAAAACGAUAUAAAAAUCACUCUUCAAAUAUUAAUAAACCACAUCUACGUACAGCAAAUAUAAUUUUUCCAUCCGAUUCAUUAAACAUUACUGAUUUAAUAGAAGAACCUUCUUCAUCUGUUCGGUGGGUAACAAACCGUCCUCGUAAGGAUCGUACAUUAAAUUACCAGUCAAAUUCUGAUCGAAGCCAAUUAUAUUACAGUUCUGCUAUAUUUUCAUUCUAUCGUCCUGAUACCAUGGUAAGAAUAGGACAGGUUCAAAAUCAAAUGGUUGAAGAUGAACAGUCUGAACCCCAUCAGUUCCAUUUUAAUAUUGCCGAAGCAAAUGAAAUGGAUGAUCAAACUACAACUGAUGCUGGCGUGGCACCAUUGAAUGAUGAUUCACAACAACAACAACAGAACUUAACUACAGAUCAAUUACAGCAGUUAUUCAUUCGAGCUAGUUCUGAAUUGGUUGCAGAAUCGAUGGAUGAGCAAGAGUUUUUCAAACGUGAAGCAACAAUUAAAGCACCAAAAACAAGUAAAGUAAUACAAACACCAUUUCCACCGCCUUUAGAAGAUCGUAAAGAAGAUUUCGAUAUUGAUAUCGAACAAUUGAAACAAUUAGCUAAACAAGAAGCAGGUCCAUUAAUCAUCGAAAGAUAUUCUCCUAACGAAACGCAAAUUGAUUAUCCAUUAGCAACUGUUACAAUAACAUUUAAUCAACCAAUGAUUGCUGUUUCAUCAUUAGAUGAAAAAAUGAAUAUAGAAGAUCGUGGUAUAUCAUUAACACCAAAAUUAGAAGGUCGAUGGAGAUGGACAGGAACGAAAACAGUUCAAUUUGAACCAAAACAUCGUUUACCAUAUUCAACAAAAUAUACAUUGAAAGUCAACAAAGAACAUUGUGUAUCAGCAAUCGGAGGAAAGUUAGCAGAUGAACUGUUGUACGAAUUUUCAACAACAACACCAAAUGUUCUUCAAUUCUCACCAUACGGCACAGUUUCAACAUUGAAACCAAAAUGUUUUCUAUUAUUUGAUCAAAACAUUGAUUCGAGUAAAAUUUUGAAGCAUCUACGUGUAAUGAGCAGUGAUGAACAUGAAAUACCAAACGACAAAUUAGAACUAGUAGAUGAAGCCACAGCAAAAAAUGAGUUUAAAUCAUAUAUAGAUGCUAGUGAAGGAAAUCAUGAGAAAUAUGUUGCAUUUACAUUUAAAAAUGAUUUAUUAAAAGCAACACAAUAUACAAUACGCUUGCCUGUAGGCUGUCCAUCAGCCGAAGGUCCAUUAGUGACAACAUCAGAGUGGUCAGCUAGUUUUCAAACUUAUGAACCUCUAAGAAUCAUUGAUUGGUUUCCAAAUACAAAUAAUACAUACCAACCAUCUACUGGUCCUGGUUAUAGUUGGUCGUUGACAUUCAAUAAUUCGUUGGAUCAUUCAACAAUUAAUAAAUCAUUAUUCAAAGUCGAACCAGAAGUUAACGGUUUUGGUGUUGAGCAUACAGAAUACAAUGAUCGACAAAUAACAAUACAUAAUAAUUCUAAACCAAAUACUGUUUAUACACUGGUCAUACAAUCAGGAACAUUGAAAGAUAUUCAUGGUCAAACAUUAGAACAUGAUCAUUCUGAACAACCAAUUCAAUUUCACGUACAUGAUUCACCACCAUUACUUGGCGAUAUAUCUGGUGCUACAGGCCUAAUUGUAAUGGAUCCUGGUGUAUUGGAUGAACCAUUCUAUCCAUUUAUGGUUUAUAAUUAUUCAGAAAUAACACUGCGUAUUAAUCGAGUCAAACCAGAACAUUAUCAUUCAAAUUUACCUUGUUUUCAGCAGUAUUCCUACAUACAUGGAGAAGAAGAAUCGUAUCGUCAAUUACCUGGAGAAGAGUUGUUAAAUAAAGUUGUACAAACCAAUUGUGAACGUGAUGAACCAAAAGAGAUGAAAGUUCCUUUAAAAGCAUAUUUAGCAGAAAACUCGGGUGUAGGACAAUUAAUUGUCUUUAUUGAACCAACAGAAAAGGCAUGGAAUGAAUGUCAACAUAACCAUUGGCAACGUAAACCAAUCAUAUCAGCCUGGCUACAAUGUACUCGAUUAGCAGUUGAUGUAUUCGUUUCUUCAGGUAAAGAUGUCAAAUUAACUGCAUGGGUUACUGACUUAAUGACUGGUGCACCUGUCAAUCAAGCAACUGUUUCAGUAUUGAACAAGAAAAACGAGACAAAUCAUCAAGGAUUAUGCACUAUUCCAAUGUAUAAGUCUGAGAAUGAUGAAGGAGAAAACACACAAAAUAAAAUAUUAAUCGUACAAAAAGAUGAUGAUCUAUGUAUGCUAGUAGAUAUUUAUUCUUAUGCAUCAAAUCUUAAUGCUUAUGUUUGGCAUGUAUUUAAUGAUCGAGGUUUAUAUAAACCAAAGGAAGAUGUGCAUAUUAAAGGAUAUGUUCGAUUAUUAGAAGUAAAAGGCGAUGCAAAAUUACCAACUUAUGUUCAAGGUGUUAUUGAUUAUACAGUUUAUGAUCCUCGUGGUGAACAACUUCAACAAUCAAAAGUUGAAUUGAAUAAUUAUGGUGCAUUUGAUAUAAAAUUCACAUUACCUGAUAAUGUGAACUUAGGUGAUGCAUCGGUUAGAUUGAGUUUACCAAAUACACAAGGCGAAACAACACAUCAAUUCAAAAUUCAAGAGUUUCGUAGACCAGAAUAUGAAGUAUCAUCAAUGACUCGACCAUCAACCGUACAUUAUUGUCAUCCAACUAAUGAUGAAUACGUUAUAGUUACUUGUCAAGGAAAAUUAUUUACUGGUGAUUAUUUAAGUGAUGCCAAUGUUCAAUGGACAGUACAAGCUGAAACAACAACAUUUACACCAGCUGGAAGAUCUGAUUAUAUAUUUGGAAGAGGACAACCGUUCUUUUGCUGGUUUGGUAGUAAUGAUAACAAAAUAAUCUAUCCAGAAAAGUCUUUUCAAGGUAAAACAAAUAAUAAAGGCACGCAUGAAAUAAAAAUUACUUAUCAUGGAAUUGAAAAAGAACCAAGACCAACAAUGAUGCGUGCAUUAGCAGCCAUUACUGAUUUAAAUAAUCAAACACAGGAAACACAAACACAAUUUAUCAUUCAUCCAUGCACAUAUUAUGUUGGAUUUCAAGUAGUCAACAAUUAUGGCAAGAAAAAUCAAAUUGUACAAACAAAAGUCAUUGUUACAGAUAUUGAUGGAAAUUUAAUUGAUAAUAUUUCCAUUGAAUGUAAAAUAGUUGGUAUUGGUAAACAAAGAAAAGAAGAUGAGAAUGGUCUAAUUGUAUUUGAAGAAAUAAAAGACGAACAACAUAUAACCAGUCUUAGUUCAAAUAAAGAUGCAAUCAACAUAAAUUUUACACCAACAUUAGGAGGCAUAUACAAUAUAUCAUAUACUGUCAAAGAUGAACAAGGACGAUUAACUAUGAGUUUUUAUGAUAAUUUUUAUAUUGCUGGUGGUUAUGGACAAGAAAUGGAAAAACAAAAGGUAGAAUAUAUUCCGACGGAUACAUUGACAAUUAUACCAAAUGCAACAAAUUAUCAACCAGAUGAUACAUGUGAAUUACUGAUCUUAACACCAUUCAGUCCAGCUAAUGGUCUGUUGAUGUUCGAUUGUGAAGGUCAAAUCUCACAACCAAUACAAUUCCAGGUUGAACCAGGAAAAGAUUCAACAACUGUUCAAUUUAAAAUAUCAAAAGAUUGGAUACCAGGAUUUACUGUUCAUGUUGAACUGACAGGUUCUGUUCCAAGAGAAGUAGCAGGAGUUGAUUCACCAAAUCGUCCAGCAAUUGCCGUUGGUUCAGUAACAUUAGAAGUGUCAAGAGAUAUCUAUAAACUAGAUAUUUCAGUGAAGACAAAAGGACCAAAUAAAAUAUAUACACCAUCAUCAAUGAUUCAAAUCGAUGUCGAUGUUACACAAUAUACAGAUAAAGUACCUGUGAAUAAAGCUGAAGUUUGUCUAAUUGUUGUUGAUGAGGCAAUUUUAUCGUUAACUGAUUAUAAAUUAACUAGUCCAUUAGAUAUAUUUUAUCCUAAUCGACCAGCAAAUAUUACACAAUAUCAUGGUAGAAACCGUUGUUUAUUAUUCAAUAUGCAAGACAUAGAGCAGUUUAAGAAAAAUAUUCAAGAAAGGCAAGCUGAAUAUCUACCCUGCGCACAAUACGCUAUGAGAUCAAUGGAAAUGGAGUGCUGUAUGACUAUGGCAGACGAUUGCUCUUACAGAGGUUUUGGUGGUGCUGCUCCUGAACAAAAAAUUGCUGUUCGAUCAAAUUUCAAUCCAUUAGCAUGUUGGAUACCAUCAUCAAUUACUAAUUCAUCAGGACAUGUUUCAUUUGAAUUUAAAUUACCUGAUAAUCUUACACGCUAUCGUGUAUGGGCCGUAGCCACAACUGAUAAACAAUAUGGUUUAGGUGAAAUAUCAUUUACUGUACAACUACCAAUUAUGAUUCGACCUUCACCACCAAGAUUUCUUAAUUAUGGAGAUACAGCUCAUAUUUCUGUAAUUUUACAAAAUCAAACUGAUCUAUCAGUAUUAUUACAUGCCGGUUUGAGAGCAACAAAUGUUAAAUUAUUAACAUCACAAACAAAUCAACUAGUCAUGGGUUAUUCAAUUGUACUACAACCAAGUAAACGAGCUACUCUUACAUUUCCAGUAACAACAAUCAAUUCAGGUACAGCUCGAUUUCAGUUCAUAGUCAGUACUGCAGCAAAUGAAAAACAGAUAUCAUUUGGUGAUGCAAUCGAACUAAGUGUACCUGUCUUUACACCAGCAACAUCAGAAGCGUUUGCAACAUAUGGUGAUAUAGGUGAAGAAGAAGUUGUUUUACAACCAAUAAAAACACCAGAAAAUGUUAUUCCACAAUUUGGUGAAUUAUCAAUAUCAACAAGUUCAACAGCAUUAGCUUCAUUAACAGAUGCAAUUAUUUCACUCUAUGCAUAUCCAUAUGAAUGUACAGAACAAUUAAGUUCAAGAUUAUUAGGUAUACUAUCAUUAUGGGAUGUGUUGCAAGCAUUUCAAUGUAAAGAUUUACCGGAUAUAUUGGUAAUGAAAACGAAGUUACAAUCAGAUAUGAAAACAUUAAAAGGUCGUCAAUAUCUUAAUGGUGGAUUUGGUUAUUGGACAAAUCGAAGUGAUUCUUAUGCUGAUCCAUUUAUGAGUGUGCAUGUUGCACAUUGUUUAGUUGUUGUUAUGAACAAACAAGUGUGUGAUGUUGACAUGUCUAUGCUGGACAAUGCAUUGAAUUAUCUUGCAAAUAUUGAAUCUGAAAUUGAUCAAUUAUCAUACACGAAAUAUUGGUCUGAAAAAACUCGAUUUAGUUUGAUUAGUUAUGCAUUAUAUGUACGAGCAAAACAGUCUCAAAAUGUAGCGAAUCAAGCAUUAGAAUUAUUUACACGAAGUGGAUUUAAUAAACUUAGUUUAGAAGCAUUAGGAUGGCUAUUAGUUGCAUUAUCUACUGAGAAGAAUAAUAAGACAGAUCAAUUAAUUGAAACAAUAUAUAAACAUUUAAAAGGUAAAAUAAAUGAAACAAGUGAAACAGCAAAUUUUAUUACAUCAUAUGGUGAUGAUGGUCAAUCAGUUAUGUUACAUUCAAAUCAACGAACAGAUGCCAUUUUAUUAGAAGCAUUAUUAUAUAUUGAUCCACAAUCAUCUCUUUGUACUAAAUUAUGUAAAGGUUUACAAGCACAUAAAGUCAAAGGUGCAUGGAAAUCAACACAGGAAAAUUGUUUUGUAUUAAUUGCAUUAGAUAAAUAUUUUCGUAUAAAAGAAAAAGAUACACCAGAUUUUGUUGCUAAUAUUUGGCUGGACAAUGAUUAUUGUGGUCAACAUCAAUAUAAAGGUCGAACAACAAAUACAUAUACGGUAAAUAUUCCAAUGAAAGCAAUCUUGUCGCCAUCAUCAUCCAACACAAAUAUCAAUAAUAGUGAUAAGAAUCUAAUCAUGCAAAAAGAUGGUAAUGGUCGAUUAUAUUAUCGUAUUGCAUUGAAUUAUGCUCCAUCAAAUCUACAAUUAAGUGCAGUUAACUAUGGUUUUAAAAUUGAAAGAACAUACAUCGCUAUCGAUGAUCCAUCACAUGUUCAAAAACAAUCUGAUGGUACAUGGAAAUUCAAAUUAAAUGAAAAGAUCAAAGUCAUAUUAACAAUGACAACAACACAACGACGAUAUCAUAUAGCAUUAGUUGAUUAUUUACCAGCUGGUUGUGAACCAUUAAAUACAGAAUUAAAAGGUACAUUGACAGGUGAUACACACUCAUCAGUAACAAGAUCAAAUCGAAGCAAUUAUUAUUAUGAAUGUCAACCACAUUCAAUUAUUGGUUGGACUGAUCAUGAAAAUUUACGAGAUGAACGUGCUGAAGCAUUUCGAUCAUUAUUAUGGCCUGGUGUUUAUCAAUGGAGUUAUGUUAUGCGUGGAACAUGUGCUGGAACAUUUAUAAUACCACCAGCGAAAGCGGAAGAAAUGUAUUCACCAGAAAACUUUGGUCGAUGUGCAACAGAAAAGGCUAUUAUUAACUGA